CUUCCACCACUCGCACCGCAUCUCAACCGAACAACUGACUUGAACCCAUCUUGAUCUCAUCCCGGUGCCGUGCGCUUCACAUCCCAAUAUUACGGCUAGCACCCUGUGUACAUCCGCGCUCGGUUCUCAUCCACUCACACAGCCUCGCCCCGGAGCAUCGAAUCAUCUUAUCGCCCUCUCGACCUGUUGAGCCUCUCGCUCCUCCACGUGCCUCUCCAACGCCGUCCUCAUUCCUUUGUUCGACCCUUCCGCUAGAACGCCUGAUGAGUUUCAUACUCUCUAUCUGUCGGUCAGCCUCUUGAUCCUCGCUCGCCGCACGUUCUCCAGCUCCACGUCCGCGCUGCCCGACUCUACCUUUCCCCUUUCCGCCCGGCGAGGAACAACCGCUCCUGGCGAAUCGAUCCUCGCACGCCCAAGGACCAUCCCUGCCACCCAACAGUGUGCCAGAUGUCCCCCCCAUGUCGAAUAGUGCGCCCGCCGGAAGACCGCCUGCGCGUGCUUCCGCCGUAAAUGGACACUCCUCCCCCGACCGACAGUCUGGCUCUGGCUCCUCUUCCGCCCUUCAAAGUCCCAGUCCCUCGUCGAGCUCAAAGCCGAUACCGAUCGCACGGGGGACAAAAGGCACGCAGACAUACAAUGGAAGAGGCGCGCUCUACAAUCUUUCACGGGCAGCCACCUACAGCCCGCAAACUCCUCCAUUGUCAGAAAGAGACAGCAUCUUCGCCGACCAUUAUGUUUCGCCUCAAAACGAGCCUUCCUCUCCCAUACAGCCCUUAACGCAGAGUCCGAUUUUGACCUCCCCACGCUCUGUUCCUUUCAAUAUGUCCACUGUCGUCGCUCGUCCUGUUUCUUCUCCAGAUACUCCCAGGGUGGCCCAUCCUCACUCACCUAGGAAGGUUGAGUGGAUGAGAAGGCCUGAUUCACCCUCUGAAAAGGACAGCCCCUCCCUGCCGCCGUCGCGCCCUUCCGCUGGCACAAUACAAGGCAUCAGAAGAAUAGCGUCUGACGGGUAUUCGUGGACCAAUAAAUUUCAUGUAACUGUGGGAGAAAAGGAACUACCAAACGCGGGUGGGGACGAAAAAACACAACAAGAACACCAUGACAGCAAACCAGCUUAUGCGGCCGCUGCCUCGGAGCGUGAACCUGCCCAUCAUGCAGGAAACGAGAGAAGUGGUUCCAUAAGGGCAAUUCUGAAAGAAGGGCCUCGUGCAGAACGAAGCGUGAGCCGUGGUCGGGCUCACGUUGACAAGACCAUUGAGGCCACGGUGAAGAAUCCGGAAACAGGUGGCACAGCUCGCAGCAGAAAGGCCAGUCAUAUGAUGGGUAUAUUCGAUCCUAGAUCUGGCGCAACCACGCCGGUUCGUACGCCUAGUGAACGUAUUGCUGAGUCCGAUGAGAAAAACGAGUCUUCGAAAUCCUACUUUCGGCCCCCGAGCCCUGGCACACGGGACCGGCUUGUCCGUCAAGGGUCCAAAGACUUUGGGGAUACUGCUAGCGUCUCCUCGACCCAAGAUGAUGGUCUCGCCGUCAAUCUCGGGGCUUUGGGGGCCCCCUCCCCGCAGAAACAUCAUGACCAUGACCCAUACUUUCGCCAACAAGACCUCGAGGAGAGGCCGCAUUUGCCCACCUCGUUGUUGCAAGAGAUUCGCAGCGCGUACAAGACAGAAAAACCGGAGAAGACGCCGCUGGGAAUUCGCGAUGGGUCCAAACAACAAGACGAACCGCGCAGCUCUGACGUUGUCAACCUUCGCGCCCCUGCAGGGCGGGAAGACGAAGAGGAGCAUAUCUCCGCGGCGGUCUAUUAUCCUCAUCCGGGUCCUACGCCCGAGGAAAUCGAACAAUAUGCGUCUCCUGGAGAGGUGGUUCCUAACAAGGAGAUUAGAACUUCAACUUUGGAGCCUCCCGCAUCCGGUAUCACCAAGGGACUCGAACAGUCUCGAGGCCCAGAGCACAUUGACAUCUCAGUCGUCUCUAAGAAUGAGAAAAAGAUCUUUCACGGUAAUUACCAUCCUAUUGAUGAGACACCGUCAGACAAGGCAAGUUCGGUGUUGUCACCGGUGGACGAGGUUUCGAGUAGUGCCACACUCAGCACGUCAGAGUCAGAAGUUGAGUCCGGGGAUGAUUAUGGCCACCAAAGUCAACAUGAUGAUAUGGCCACUACGCCAACCCAGCAAAGUGCUCUUGCCAAACGACCCAGUGAGGCGCCUGUUCCCAACACCAAGGCAAAGGUUGUGCUUGAGCCCUACAAACAUCAAGUUGGGGGUCACUCAACAAUCUUCCGCUUCUCACGACGAGCGGUGUGCAAACAGCUCAACAACAGAGAGAAUGAGUUUUACGAAAGGAUCGAGCAAAGACAUCCCGAUAUGCUCAAAUUCCUUCCUAGAUACAUUGGUGUGCUCAAUGUCACAUUCUCCAAAGUGCCCAAGCAGUCACAAAACCAAGAAUCAAAGUCGGAAGACGCCGCCGAUAUGGACAGGAACCAAUCGCCAAAGUCCGACGCCAUGCCGGACAUGUCAGCGGCCAUGGAGAAACCACGCAUCGUCAGUCACUCGCAACAGCUGGGUAGUAUCCCACAGGUGAUUCUCGAACAAAAUAAACACAUUAUUCCGUCCAACUAUUUUGCUCUACCAGAACGACCUCGAAGCGUUGACCCGAACCACGGCCGUCGACGCAGCAAUGACGUUGACUUGUGCCAGCCGCAGGUAGGGGAUGGCCAAAAACCAGAAAAGUCCGCAGUCCGGCCACAGAUGCCCGAGCAUUCCAAUAGUUGGGGAAAUACUUCGGUCAAUGAAGGUUUGAAAGACAAAAUCCUCCGUGAAGUCUUUGGACCACCUCCCAUCCAGUACUACCGUCGACAUCUCCCCUCGCACAGCACGGUACCGAGAUUGAAGAGCCAUCAUGGCCCUCGACGAAGGAGAAGCAACCUUUCGGUGAAUUCUGUACCAGGUCAAGAUUUGAGGUCCAAGGACAAGUCACAGGAUCGAUCCCAACCGCCUGUUCAAGACAACAAGCCUGUGGAGAAACCCAUACUAGCCAAUAAGUCUACAAAUGAGGACGAAGCCGUGGACGGGCUGUACUCGUCUUCGGCAUCAGCUUAUGACGACCUCAAGUACAAGCUUGAACAGGUCAAGACUACAGGCAGCGACCUGUCAAACAUGUCCCUCACGUCCAGCAUUGAGAAUAAGCCCCAUGUCAAGCGACGUCAUUCUGGCAUGGGUCUCCGGAGACGACGACAAUCAGUCAACGACAAAGAGCCUGAUCUCCAAUAUUUUGAGGAUGAGGCUUACGCCACUGAUAUUGGUCCCGAUACUGGCAAUGAAGUAUUCGCCAUGGAUCAGGAUCAAGAAAGAAAUGGUCAGGUAGCGGAAGCUCCACGCUCCGCAGACAUACCGGAAGAAACUUCCGAGAAUAUGACCACACCCACAGUCCACGCAACUACCAACGGAGAUAGAGACAAUGACGUGCCACCACAAACCGAGUUGGUACCUUCCAAUCCCAAAGAUGCACAAUCUUCAGGUGGUGGUGAUCGGGUCGUGUACUUUAUUCUGUUGGAAGAUCUGACCAGCGGAAUGGGACGACCUUGUGUGCUUGAUCUCAAAAUGGGGACGAGACAGUUUGGCGUGGAAGCCAGCAAGAAAAAGAUGGAAUCGCAACGUCGCAAAUGCAAGACCACGACGUCGCAACAGCUGGGGGUUCGGAUUUGCGGGAUGCAGACAUUUAAUCGGAAAACACAAAAGGUCACGUACGAGGAUAAAUACUAUGGUCGGGAUCUCAAAGCUGGCCGUGAAUUCCGCGAAGCUCUCACGAGGUUCUUGUACGACGGCGUCAGCUACGACAGUGUGGCACGACAUAUUCCGACCAUCCUGCACAAACUGUCCAAAUUGGAGAGCAUGGUCCGACGACUUCCUGGAUAUCGGUUCUACGCCAGCUCUCUUUUGAUGCUUUACGAUGCAGAGCCGGACAAGUCUCGUGAAGCCGAGGAGGCGGCGAGAAACGGAAUCGACAUUGCCCAACUGAAGAAGAAAGAAGGCAAGAAAUGGCCGCCACCGAUUGAGAUCAAGAUUGUCGAUUUUGCAAAUUGCAUUACUGGCGAGGAUGAACUCCCUCCAAAUGCUCAAGCUCCCCCGGCGCAUCCGCACGAUGUGGACCGUGGAUAUCUACGAGGAUUGAGGACGCUCAAGGCGUACUUUGCUAGAAUCCUGAGUGACAUUAAGAACAAGGACAUGUCGGAGUCCAGUGGUCGAGGGGAGGAAUUAACGGGCAAUAAUGCAGACGAUGAAUGCUCAAAGGUCUUGUCCAAUUCUAGUAACGGAAUUGAAGAUUUGGAAGAUGAGGAGGGUGAAGUCAGUGUUUGAAUUGGUACUGGAAAGCAGGGCAUGGCAUGGCAUGGCAUGGCAUGACAUGAUAUGGUAUGAUAGGAUGCUGCGACGACCAUCGCCGCCCAGAAGCCCGGAGUGUGGAAAAGUCUGGGCUCUACCAGCUGGUUCAUUAUUAGACCGGGGGAGGAGCAAUCCGUGGGAUGAAUGGGUUUCAUCAAGUUGAUUGACAAUUACGGGGUUUGCUAUUUAGCAAGGAGCGAGGAGUUUUUCUUGUUUUCUCUUGUCAACACACUCAGCCAGCAGCCCUCUGCUAUUACUUACUGGUACGCUCGCUUUUGCCAUAUCUCAUAUCGAUACCUUACGCGCGGCGGAUGGGAUGUUCGCUUUCCGUCUUCAGAGGUCUUUGGGACAGGCUUCAAAGCAGGAGUCAGGACUCGGAAGGGGAAAGGAAAGGAGUACGUAUAUGUGGUUAUGGUCAGGGUCACUGCUAUGGUUUUAGACGGACGGAUGAGACGAGACGAUCGAGAUUGACUUGACGAUUGUUUGUCGUAGCAUGGCGUGGCGUGGCGUGGUACAGGCGUUACAUCGGUAGGUAGGUAGGUAGGUCCCUAGAUAGACACCUAAGUACUAGUCUUCAAUUGAUUGAUUGUAAGGUGUA